GGUCAAUUACAUGAAUCAAUAAAUCAUUAAAUUGACCCAAUUUUUGAAUCGCGGCCAAAAGAUUAGGAUGCUCAAUGAUCCUCAUGAACCUAGAUAUGUACCUAGAUUGAUGAACCUAGACCAUUCAGCCCAAGAUAUUCAGCUCCUUGAAACAUACAUUUAUCUAAUUCCCAAUGAAGCUUCAAGACCGAAAUUUGUUUAUAUUCAUACGAAAGCACUUUUAUGUCAAUUAAUAUAUUUUUCGAUUUAUUUGCUCGAAAAGGAUCCCUACCUAAAAAGAUUAAAUCAAGAUUGGAACCGUCAACACAUCUCAUUCUCGUCAAGCAAAAUCCCGUAUCCCUUGCGCCGGGAUGAUCAUGAUCUAACGGCACUACACAUGUUAGAUGCUAAUACAGAAAGAAAAACAUGGUCAACACGGGCCGUAGUAGUGGGAAAAGCGUGGGAAAAGUGUGGGCAAAGAGUGAUUAUCGUUCAUUGACAGGAGCAUUGAAGUCCCACAGAGGGUGGUAGAGAAUCGAGACGGGCUUCAGACGGCACGGGUAACAUUCUAGAAUGUCUCCAAAAUCAUAAAAUGAUAGCUUAAGGCCUUUAAAAUGAAAUUAGAAAGUAACUUACCGAUGGAACA